CUAUAUUCUACUGUAUUUAUGAGAAGAUCGUAGCCCCUUGGGGCCAUUGCAUUGACACGAUGAAGAGCUCCCAAUUACCGCUGGGGCAUUCGAGCUUGUGCGUCCAGAGGAUGUCUGGGCCCAUCAUCGUGCUCGGUUUCUUGAUGCUUGGAGUUUCGUUGUUGUUUUUGGAAGAUCUGAGAAUUAGUGUUAAGAAAGUCUUGGUUGGCGCCAGUCCUCAAUCGAAUUUCCGCGUAACGAUCUCCGGGACAGUCCUUCCCGCGAGCGCUGUGAGGUGCAACCGACUUGCAUUGCCUGCAAGCUUCUAUAACGAAUCACAAGGGCCCUACAAUCCAGCUGCUGUACGGCAUCCCAUCAGCGGAGAAUGGCUGCUGGUCUAUACAUUCGACGAGGUGUGGUUUGGGAUAAGCGAGUACGCACGGACUGGAAAUUACCUGGAGGGCCGGAUGCGGUCACACCCACUCCUUAUAAAGCUUGGGUCUGAGGCGACGCCCUCCAUGCGAAAGCUUGAGGACGUGCAGAUGCUCGAGCUGGACGAUGGAUUCUCUCGUGUCCAGAAAGAGUUUGGCGCGGACCUCUACAAAGCUGCAGACUGGAGGCCCUUCAUCUGGAAGAACGAGGUAUACCUGGGGCACUGGAUAGGCUUUCUGCCGGCCCAGGAGCGCAUGGCCAUCGCCCGCCUGGACAUGGAUGCUGGCAUUGUGAGAUAUGAGUACCGCUUCAGCCAGCUGAGCGACGAGAUAGAGAGCGCGCAGCACCCAGACCUCGCCAGUGACAAGCAGGCUGGUGCCUCGCUACGGGUGGGCGCAUUCAAGAAGAAUGAGAAGCCGGGCUUCAAGCGGGAGAAGAACUGGGGCUUUGUGGAGGAGGACGGCGCGCUCAUGAUCUACUAUGCUCUGCUGCCGUGCACCGUCGUGCUUGAGUUUGACAUGGGGCAGCCUGAUGGAGUUCUGCUCAGGUCGCGCACUUGCUAUGACGAGCAGGCUGCCGUCAUUCAGCAACAGACUGGGCUGGAGAUUUUGGACUUUGAGAUGCACAGCAGCGGCAACCCAGUGCCCUGGGACGUGGAGAAUGGGGCGGAGCACAAGGAGUACCUGUCCAUGCUCCAUGUGAAGAAGGGUGACUACGCCCACUGGGCCAUCCGCAUCAACCGCGCCAGCCGGCGCAUCACCCACAUAUCUGCAGGCCCCAUCAUCAAGGCGCGCGAUUACCGCAAUGAGGGGUUCCUGCAGACUGCGCUGGUAGUGAGCUCCUUCCAUGUCCUUGAGCAAGUGGCUGCCGAUGGCGUUGUGGAGCGCUCAUUGAGGAUAUUGUAUGGGGAGGGAGACCGGUUUGGUUGCUGGCUGGAUGUGGCUACGGAUGCCAUUGUGUGGCACGAGCUGACAGAAGAGGACAUCCUGCCCUCUGCCGAGCCACUCCCGCAGCACCAUGCAGAGGCUGGUGAGCCUUCUCCUGCUGAGGCGGCACUGGAGCAGGCGAGGUCCCACCUCAGGGAUUCACUGGUGGCACCAGCACCAGCACAGCCGCCUCAAGGAGGACACAGCGCUGUCCCAUCACAGCUCAGCCAGAUCAAGGACUCAUCGAUGGGGAGGUUGGAACACAAGCUGGAGGCUGUCGGUCAGCACGUCAUAUCAAGCACUGUCACAAGCUAUGAUGCCUGGAUCCAUGGAGACAGCGGAAGCAGCGCUAGUGCAGAUGCACCGGCUCAGAAGAACUCUCUGCCUCUUCAACCGCGCACAUGACUCUUGAGAGGCACCUGACACAUUCAUGACGUAUGUAUGUGUAUUCUUGCAUCUGCAGAGUGGGCAAAAUUCCGUGCUGUACGAACAAUAUAUUACUGUGUACUGAUAUUUAUUCAUUUGAGCUUUAGAGACCUUCAGGUGCCAGCUGGACUCCUUUGCAGUCUAGUGCGUAGUCCAAGUAAUAGGACACAUGAUCAUGAGUAAAUGUAAAAUGCAAGCUGUGGACGCAACCUUGUGGGCUACCCUCCUUUAAAGGUGUGAUGUUG